GUAUACUACUAGAAACGUUUAGCUGCUCCAAGACUGACUUCACUUUCCAACAUGCCCCACGAUACACAAUUGGACAGCAAGCACUGCCAGUACGUGUACAAGGCGUGCCACCAUGCCCGAGCAGUCAAGAAAGAUGGUAGCUUACACCGCCUGUGUGCUUCUCACCGUGAAAAAGCCAACAAGCUGCAGAAAAGAUAUGCCACCAAGCGGCGGCAGGAGGCUCGGAUCGAGCGGCGGAGGCAGUUUCAAGCCAAGAAACAACAUGUGGCUACGAGUACUGCAGUGCCGGGCAAACACGAGUGGUGGAUGGACUUGGAGUGGACGCUGGACGAGCUCGCGACGGACCUGAUCGUGUUGUCUGACGAGGAUAUGGCGUUCUUGAGCCAGGCGUUUUGAAUGUGUUUAUACUAGUGUUGGCUGUAGGAAUCAUAAUAUAUGUAAGUGGUAUGGC